GGCGGCAGGUCGUCACCCCGACGACCCAGUUCAGGUCAAGCCACUGCUCCGUCGCCGUCGGUCACUCCAACCAAGAAACCAUCCCCAAAUCUACAAAGCUCCGCUCCGCCCAUGGAUCCACCUCCACCCCUCCACCCCUCCCCCGCUCGCCGUUCCUCUGCCUCGUGCAGUCCUGCCUUCUUCCCCCUAGUCACCACUCCCUGCCGCCCAGGCGACCAGACCGGCGACGGUCUGGCGGCGGCGGCGGCGGCUACAGUUGAACCGAGAAGGUGGCCGCGGCGACUGCAGCUGAAGCAGAGGGUGGCCGGCGGCUUGACGGCCGGGAGGCAGACCGCGGGCGGACUCCGACGGAGCUCGGUUCAGAACUGCAGAGCAGAUUGCGUGGUAACCAGCCUCCAUCAACUGCUCCUCAUAUAUGUCGUCGUUGCUGCAGCCUUGCACGCUGAUUUGGGUCCAUCAACCAUCGGAUGGUGGUAAACCAUCAGAGGACAGAACUGAAUGGCUGAGGCUAUACUUCUCGCUGUGUCAAAGAUUGGGACAGUCGUUUUGAAUGAAGCUGUCUUGGCUGUCAUUGACAAGCUGUCGACGAAGGUUGAUAAUCUGAAGGAAUUGCCAGCAAAGAUUAAAAGAAUCGACAUAGAACUGAAGACGAUGAAUGAUGUAAUUCAAGAUUUGGGUACAACACAUCUCAGCAACAAUGUCGUCAGGGGUUGGAUUGGACAUGUGAGGAAGCUGGCCUACCAUGUCGAGGAUGUGAUUGACAAGUACUCUUAUGAGGCUCUUAAGCUCAAGGAUGAAGGCUUCCUACAUCGGUACAUCUUCAGAGGUUCACGCCAUAUAAAGGUCUUCAGUAAAAUUGCUGAGGAAGUUAUACGGAUAGAGGAUGAGAUCAGGCAGGUCAAAGGACUGCCUACUUAUUGGAGCAACACAGUCCAACCCAUAAGAAAUGAGCAUGUAGAGAUUGAUAGGCAGAGAUGUGGAGGCUGCUUCCCGGAACGUGUUAGUGAUGAGGAUCUUGUCGGAAUUGAUGAAAACAGGAGCAAGUUGACCGAAUGGCUGGCCACUGAUGAGAAAGAAAACACAGUGAUUACAGUUUCUGGUAUGGGAGGCUUGGGGAAAACAACUCUUGUGAAAAAUGUGUAUGAUCGGGAGAAAGCCAACUUCCCUGAUGCUCAUGCUUGGAUUGUGGUGUCACGGGCAUAUAAUGUAGGUGAUUUGUUGAAGACAUUGCUCACGAAGAUACAACAACACACACAAGAGUCACCGCCGCCGUCACCUCUUAGGACGGACACCAAACCUGAUGUUUUUGAGCUAAAAGAGGCGAUAAAGAAGAUACUGCAAGAUAGGAAGUGCUUGAUCGUGCUUGAUGAUGUGUGGAAUCCAGAAGCAUAUAGUCUGAUGUGCAGUGCAUUUCAGGGUCUCCAAGGAAGCCGUGUUAUGAUCACGACACGGAGGGAAGAUGUUGCGGCUCUUGCUCUAGUGAGCCGUCGCCUACAACUCCAGCCAUUGGGUAGAGACGAGUCAUUUAAGCUAUUCUGCUCAAGGGCUUUCAACAACACCCCAGACCGCAAGUGCCCUCCGGAACUUGAGAAGGUGGCUGGUGAUGUAGUUAAGAGGUGUCAUGGCCUGCCAUUGACCAUUGUAUCUUCUGGCAGCCUAUUGUCCACGAAGCAGCCGACACAGCAUGCCUGGAAUCACAUGUACAAUCAUCUCCGGAGCGAACUAUAGGCAAAUAACCAUGUCCAAGCUAUACUUAAUCUGAGCUACCAUGACUUGCCAGGUGAUCUCAGGAACUGCUUCCUGUACUGCAGCUUGUUCCCUGAAGACUAUGCAAUGUCACGGGAGAACCUUGUGCGGUUGUGGGUUGCUGAAGGGUUUGCGAUGAAGAAAGAUAACAGCACGCCGGAGGAAGUGGCUGAGGGGAAUCUCAUGGAACUCAUCGGUCGGAAUAUGUCGGAAGUUGUGGAGAGGGAUGAGCUCUUCAGGGUUAGUAAAUGUAAGAUGCAUGACAUUGUCCGAGACCUGGCCCUGGUUAUUGCUAAAGAGGAGAGGUUUGGUUCCGCGAAUGAUCAAGGCGAAAUGAUGCGUGUGGAUAAAGAAGUUCGCCGGUUUUCAACAUGUGGUUGGAGAGACAGUAACACAGUUGCUACAGAAGUGGAAUUUCCACGACUCCGGACCGUCAUCUCGCUUGGGGCAACUUCAUCCUCCACCAGCAUGAUUUCCUCAGUUUUGUCUGGAUCCAGCUACCUUACUGUUCUCGAGCUUCAAGACUCUGCAAUCAACCAACUGCCAGUAUCCAUUGGGAAUCUGUUCAAUCUCCGCUACAUUGGCUUAAGGCGCACAAAUGUUCAGUCACUGCCAGACACUAUUGAAAAACUCUCAAACCUGGAGACAUUGGACGUCAAGCAAACAAGAAUAGAAAAGCUACCACCUGGAAUUGUGAAGGUUGCCAAGCUACAGCACCUUUUAGCUGACAGAUUUGCUGAUGAGAAGCAGGCGCAGUUCAGGUACUUUGUCGGAGUGGAAGCACCGAAAAUGAUUUCCAACUUUAAAGAACUGCAAACUCUUGAGACCGUCCAUGCCAGCAAAGACUUGUCGCUAGAGCUGAAGAAAAUGAGCAAGUUGCAGACUGUUUGGAUUGAUGACAUCAAUGCAUCUAACUGUGAUGACCUUUUCAAGACCCUCUCAGAUAUGCCUCUACUUUCCAGCUUACUUCUCUGUGCAUGUGAUGAGAAGGAGACACUUUCUUUCCAAGCACUCAAGCCAACGUCUGAAAAGCUUCAUAGACUGAUCAUCAGAGGCGGCUGGGCUGCUGGGACACUCAAGUGCCCAAUAUUUAAGGACCAUGGAAAGAAUCUCAAGUAUCUGGCUCUAAGCUGGUGCAAUCUGGGGACGGAAGACCCGCUGCAGCUGUUGUCAUCUCAUCUGUCAGCGCUCACUUAUCUCAGUCUUAACAGGGUGAGCAGUGCAGGUACAUUGGUCCUUUCUGCUGGGUGCUUCUCUGAGCUGAAGACACUUGUCUUGAAGAACAUGCCUGAUGUCAAGCAACUGGAGAUUAAAGAGGGCGCCAUUCCAUGCAUUGAUGGGAUCUACAUCGUGUCACUCUCGGAGCUGAGUAUGGUCCCUCGUGGCAUCGAAGCCCUUGGAUCUCUCAAGAAGCUCUGGAUGUUGUACCUCCACAAGGGCUUCAAGGAUGACUGGGAUCAGAAGGAGAUGCACAACAAGAUGAAGCAUGUCCUAGAGCUCCGUGCCUAGUCUUGCUCUUUUCGUGUCCUCCCGUUGUCUUCUGCUGCUGGAGGUCUGUACUUUGUUGUAAUCUUUAAUUUUUCUGUCAUGCUGCUCUAGACUCUUUUGGGUAGUGCUAAUAGGUUUUUGCCCCGUAGUGGGUGCUCGAGAGCAGCACUCAGCAGCGGGUUUCCUAUUAGUGCCCAAACUUGCUAUCUUCAUUUCCAUUCCCUCUAUUGUUGUAUUGUAAAUUUGUAAUGAACUGGUUAUUUUGAUCAAUUAAUGAAAACGGGCUUAGCCCAGUUGGCAAAA